AUGGCGAUGAGGAAGCAAAUGAGGAAGAAGUUAAAUGGCUUAUUUAAAGCUGCAUCACAAAUUGAUGGAAGCUGGGACUCGUCUCAUGUUUCUAAGUUUAUUAAUGUCAUGAUCUACUGCCAGGAUAAUCACUGCAGUCCAGGUCUGGGGAACAUAAUUGAUCUUCAGGAGAACAGAAAGGGAAAGCUACUUGUGGAUCUCGACUUGAAGAAGGCCUUCACAGAGCUCCAGGCCAAAGUUAUCGACUCGCAACAGAAGGUGAAGCUUGCAGACAUACAGAUUAAACAACUAAACAGAACAAAAAAGCAUGCACACCUUACCCAUACAGAGAUUAUGACUUUGGUAGAUGAAACUAACAUGUAUGAAGGUGUAGGAAGAAUCUUUAUUCUUCUUUCCAAAGAGGUAAUUCACAACAAGCUGUUAGAGAAACAGAAAAUAGCAGAAGAAAAAAUUAAGGAAUUAGAGCAGAAAAAGUCCUACCUGGAGCGCAGUGUUAAAGAAGCGGAAGACAACGUCUGGGCAAUGCUAAUAGCACGAAGGGCACAGUAGGAGCAUCUGAGAGCAGCAGUUCCCUCCCGACUCCUCUCAUCCUGGCAGGAGUGGAGGGACUUGUGCCAGGGUAACUUCCUCCCUCAGCUAGAUGGACCUUUCAAUCUGAAUGGCUUCAAACCCC